UUUGCAGAGAACAUUGAAGAAGUGAAAAAACAGUUAAACAGAUCAUGCAUGAGAGAAUAGUCUUCCAUUUCUUGGCUCUAUUUUGAUCCGUUUCUUCCUCCUUUUCCCAUCUCCCAAACAGAAAACAAAACACUUAAUACUCCUCCACCAGAAUUCUCAAUCUCUGUUCAUAUCCCAAAAAACACCAUUUUCUGAUCUCUCCCCUCAACCAAAAACAUCAAACUAUUACAAUGGUUCGUGUGAGCAACAUCGUAUUAGGAAUCUUUAACGUUAUAAUUUUGAUCAUAGGUCUUGGAGCCAUUGGCAUCGGCUUCUUUUUCUACCUGGGAAGCAAUUCUGAGUGCGAGAAAGGGAUGGAAAAUCAAUUAAUGAUAAUGGGUGGAGCUUUGUUUGUGGUUUCAUUAUUAGGGUUGAUUGGUUCUUGUUAUGGGAUCAAUUUUCUUUUGAUGCUUUACUUAGUUGUCAUGUUUUUUCUGAUCGUGGCAUUCAUGGUGUUCACCAUUUUCGCCAUUACUGUAACCAAUGAAGCUUCUGGUAAGGUCAUGUCGAGGACAAAGAUCAUGAAUUUUAGGACAUGGAUUGAGGAUUAUUUUGUCACUGAGCAGAACUGGAAUCAGAUCAAGACAUGUUUGAUUGAUGCUAAGGUCUGCAUCAGUCUUGGAGCUGAUGUUGAAAACGAUGUCGCCCAAUUUUACAAGAAGAAUCUCUCUCCUAUACAGCUUGGGUGUUGCAAGCCACCAGCAGAAUGCGGAUUCAUAUAUAGGAAUGUAACAGUGUGGAUAAAGCCAAAAGCAGGAGCAGCAGUGAAAAAUGUUGACUGCAAAAGAUGGAGCAACGAGCUGAAUACACUGUGCUACAACUGCGACACAUGCAAGGCUGGGAUGGUGAGUAACAUAAAGUAUAAGUGGAAACAAUUGGCAAUUGUGAAUGCUUGUAUCACUGUUAUCCUCGUCGUUUUAUAUUCCAUUGGUUGCUGUGCAAGGAGGAACAACUCUUCUAACAAAGUUUAUGGCAAAUUUAAAGGAUACAAACCUUACCCUUGA